UGUGUGUGCGAACAGACCAAUGGGCAGCCGGAGCUUCCUGAUAUAAAUAAGGCAUAAAAAUGUUCUUGAGGGAGAUCGUGUUCACUUGUGCACCGCUGGAUAGGAUUUGAUUGGCGCGCUUCCGUGCACAACAUCUACUGCGUGUGGAUUCCACGACACCUGCACCGUUGAAUUGCAUCCUAUCUGGAGAUCAGAUAAAAACAAAAGAGUGAUGGCCACGUCAGAACCGAGAGCCACCGGCGGGGACCAAGACCCCAACACCGCCAAUUUAAGACCCCCAUCCACAACCUACGAGUAUGCGUGGAUGCAUGGAUGCACACGGAAACUGGGCAUGAAGAUUUGCGGGUUCCUGCAGAAGAACAACAGCCUGGAGGAGAAGGGCCGACUGGGCCAGAAGAACCUGCUCUCUUGCGACAACAGUGACAGGGACGCCCGCUUCCGACGCACCGAGACCGACUUCUCCAACCUGUUUGCUCGGGACCUGCUGCCUGCAAAGAAUGGAGAAGAACCGACCAUGCAGUUCUUACUGGAGGUGGUUGACAUCCUUACCAACUACGUGAAGAAGACCUUCGACCGCUCCACCAAGGUGCUGGAUUUCCACCACCCUCACCAGCUCCUGGAGGGCAUGGAGGGCUUCAACCUGGAGCUGUCCGACCAGCCGGAAUCUCUGGAGCAGAUCCUGGUGGACUGCAGAGACACGCUCAAAUAUGGCGUCCGGACAGGUCACCCUCGCUUCUUCAACCAGUUGUCCUCAGGCCUGGACAUCAUCGGCCUUGCCGGAGAGUGGCUCACCUCCACCGCCAACACCAACAUGUUCACCUACGAGAUCGCGCCAGUGUUUGUGUUGAUGGAGCAGCUGACGCUGAAGAAGAUGAGGGAGAUGAUUGGCUGGCCCGGCGGAGAGGGAGACGGCCUUUUCUCACCAGGGGGCGCCAUUUCAAACAUGUACAGCGUGAUGAUCGCGCGUUACAAGUACUUCCCAGAGGUCAAGACCAAAGGCAUGUCUGCAGCUCCACGCCUGGUUCUCUUCACAUCUGAACACAGCCACUACUCCAUAAAGAAGGCCGGUGCUGCUCUUGGUUUCGGCACUGAGAAUGUGAUUCUGUUGAGCACAGAUGAGAGGGGGAGGGUCAUUCCUGCUGAUCUGGAAGCCAAGAUUAUUGACGCUAAACAGAAGGGUUACGUGCCGCUGUUUGUCAACGCCACGGGUGGCUCCACUGUCUACGGAGCCUUUGACCCGAUCAACGAGAUCGCUGACAUCUGCGAGAAGUACAACCUGUGGCUCCAUGUUGACGGCGCGUGGGGCGGCGGACUGCUGAUGUCCAGGAAGCACCGCCAUAAGCUCAACGGAAUUGAGAGGGCAAACUCGGUCACAUGGAACCCUCACAAGAUGAUGGGUGUGCCUCUGCAGUGUUCCGCCAUCCUCGUCAGAGAGAAGGGACUGAUGGGAGGGUGCAACUCCAUGUGUGCUGGGUAUUUGUUCCAACCGGACAAGCAGUACGACGUCACGUAUGACACCGGAGACAAAGCCAUCCAAUGUGGGAGGCAUGUGGACAUAUUUAAGUUCUGGCUCAUGUGGAAGGCCAAGGGCACCAUCGGGUUUGAGCAGCACAUCGACAGGUGCUUGGAUCUGUCUCAGUACCUGUACAACAAGAUCAAGAACAGAGAGGGGUACCAGAUGGUGUUUGAUGGAGUGCCCCAGCACACCAACGUUUGCUUCUGGUACAUCCCACCCAGCCUGAGGGCCAUGCCGGAGAGCGAGGAGAGGCGAGAAAAGCUCCACAGGGUCGCACCAAAGAUCAAGGCCAUGAUGAUGGAGUCAGGGACCACAAUGGUGGGCUACCAGCCUCAGGGUAACAAAGUCAACUUCUUCCGCAUGGUCGUCUCCAACCACGCGGCCACUCAGUCUGACAUCGACUUCCUCAUUGACGAGAUAGAGAGGCUGGGUCAGGACCUGUAGACCACCUUUAGGCGCCACCGGUGUUCUUUGUGUUGUAUUUCUAUGGCGCAUCAUUCUGACCAAACUCAACAAAAACACUGCAAGACUGCCCCCCCUGCCCCCCAACACACACACACGUGUCCUCCUGUAGGCGUAUGACCACAUAGUUCCAGGUAACUGAUGGAUGCGUGCGUGUGUUCAAUCUCGUGUCAUUUCAUGUUGAUUGUGGUUCAAUACGUAAAAGCACAGAUCUAACAAAGUGUCAUGAGGCGAUUCUUCUAAAGUGUGCGUAUAGUGUUACGAAGGGAUGCUCUUCAUUGACGAUAAUAACGAACACAUGAGCACGGCAUAGCCAAUAAGUGUAAUAAGCUGAGAGGAACCCCCUUCUGUCACCAAACGUCAUGUUCUCCCUCAUGGACAAUGAAACGAUGGCUGUGAAUACUUUCACGUUUCCAAAAUGCUGGCUCAUUGUCUGUUUCAUAUGCAAUCGUGUGAUACCCGUGCGUGUUCUUAAAUAAUAUCUAUGAAUAUUUGAUUACAUAUAGAUUUAGAAGAAAGAAAAGAUUCAAAUUCAGGUAUAUUUUAAUGUAUCUUCAUGUGUAGUUCAUGGUGAUGAUUUGUACAUGUAAAUCACAGGACUGUGACUUUGUCGGCCAAAGAAAGAGAACUGAGCGGAAAUAGCGCGAGUCAUUAUUCCUCGUGUGUAACUCACUCGAUGUUUGUAAGACGUGAUCUCUUGACCCUCAACGGCGAUGCAAUUUUUAUUGUGCGCUUCUUUCUGUGAUUGUGAGUCUUUGAAUGUCUGAGGCGACCGACGGGCCGUUCCGACAGGAUGGAGAAAGACGUCUACUGUUUAUGUUCCUCUGGCUGGUCUUUUCAUUUAGCGAGACGUACGAGGUUGCGAGAAUGUACUCUCUCUCGUAUCUGUCGGAAUUCUAAUGCAUUUACUGUAAUAUAGUAUAUUUAUUGUAAUACAUAUUAACUGUAUUC